AUGACUUCUUCAUAUGAAAUGAAAAGUUGCCGAGAUAUAAUUCCUCAUAUGGCACCAUUUUCGACAAUCAAUAGUGCUCAAAUGGCGAAUGACGUUGAAGCUUUAAAAGUAGCGGAAAAAUUGACCGAUGAGAAGAAGAAAAGAUCAAUCUUUCGUAAUGUUAGUUUCCGAAUUGAACCUUCUAAAGGUGAAGCUAACUAUUACACAAUUUAUAAACCACAAAAGGUUAGUUCAGAUCCCGCAGAAGAACGAAUUAGUGAUCCUUACUGGCUUAAUCAUAAAUACAAGGAGAUGCUACAUGAAUGGUAUUACACUCACAAGAACAAAGGUUGCAAGUAUCGAUCAAUUGUGCAGGUAAGAAAUUAUAUAUUCGAAGGUUUUGAUAAGCUGAAGAUGGAAGUGGAUCAAGAAACUAACGAAGUAAUAGAGGUUGGAGUUGUUAAGAAAUGCUCCAAGAAAAGAAAAGAAGAAUGUUCCAUCUUGAAGAAGGAGACUGCAACAAAGAAACAGAAAAUCAACAACUAUGGCACGAGGGAGGUAAAAGAGUUUCUUGGUGACGCAAGGAACAACCUUAUGAAUAGGGAUUUCAAAUACAAAAACAAGGAUAUUGGAAUGUCAAAAGAAGAAUCCUCCCAAAAAUCAAAAAUAGAAUCGUCAAUCUUGGGAGGAAAGACUGAAACAAAGGACCAAAUAAGAAAAUUCAUAGCAAAGGAAAAUUACAAGAAAGAAUAUUUCCUGAACAACCUAAAUUGGUGUUGGGCUCGCAAGGUUCAAAACGAUGGCUGCAACGAAGGAGGGAGAGAUAUUGGAGACUAUAAUUUAGUUUUGUUAGUUGAAACUAUUUGUUACCAAAGUGCUUGA